AUGGCUUCUUCAAAGAGGGCACGCGAGAAGGAAAACGAAAAUCCCAAUCCUGCGAAGCGUAACAAAUUCAUGGAUUGCUUUUCUACUGUAAAGGAUCAGCAGCGGACGGCGAUAGCGACGGCGCAAGGUUCGGCCUGUGCAGUACCUCCACCUCCGCCUGUCAACCACGACAUCGCCCUACAUGAAACGUCCGCCAAACCAGUGCAACAUAAACCGACUACACAUCUGAAGACGUCAGCCCCUGAGCCAUUCUGGUUCCCGAAAAAGAGACCCGACAUCCCGUGGAUGUGGUGGGCAGAACGCCCCAAGAUCUUGGAGAGAAAGGAAUUGACCCUGCCUUCAUUCCUAUCCUCUCCCCUAUCCGGAAACCCGCGGUAUCUUCUAAAGCCCGCCUUUUUCCCCAAGACUGCACGAAGGCAGCCGCAGAAGACGGAGGCCGUCAAGCGACUCUAUCUACGCCGCGGAGUCUUGAGGCGAGAAGAAGCUCGCUGGAAAUCCAUCCACCGUCCCGGAACUUCAAACUACGACGACAGCGAGUUCAAGGCACACAUCAGGCACACCUCUGGCGAAACUUGUAUGCCCGAUUACGUUCCCCUCAACCCCGGCACUCCCCCGCUCCGCAGACUCGCCGUCCUCGGCACCAGUUCGCCGUAUCAAUACACAGUCGAGGACUCCCCCGGCUCCAUGCUCAGCGGACGCGAUCUUCUGGGCGGGCGAAAAUCAGACAUAACCAUCGCCCGCCACUUGGUCCUGGACCCGAUCGACGAACCCAUCCGGGAAAUUCUGGACCUUUUUUACGUCGCGCAAGUCGUUCCUCGUAUCGCGCAGGAGUCCGCUUGCCGGUGCGCCUGGCUGUUCCCGAGACGGUGUCGUGCGUACCGCGCCGGAGGACAGUCUGCGCACGCGCUCCACUGCCCGGCGGCGAUCGCGCAGGGGACGUGGCAGUUGUUCCCGGCUGCGGACGCGAAAAAUCUCUGGGAGGCGCACGCCCACCAGGCGUGGGAGCUGACGUGGGAGCGCAAGUGGAUGCGGGAUAUGAAGAGGGCGUCGAGCGGCGUGCUCGAGCUGCAGAGGGUGAAGCGGACGAGCUUUCGUUGCAGCGCAUACCCGAAGCCUGUGGACAUCAUGAAGUGGGACGAUCCAAAGGCGUUGUUUCCGUACGGGUGUUGGGCGGCGUUGGAGGUCGGGGAGCGUGCGCAGGAGAAAAAGCGGGGUCUUAGAGUCUGGUUGAGUUCGUCGGAGGACCGGUCACGCGACCAGUCGACGGGUCACGAUCCUAAACGAGCCGAAGCGCCUCCUCUCCUGACCACUCCCAUCUCCCUGACCACUCCCACACACACCCCUGUCUUUGCUCUCACCACUUUAUUUUCACCCAUGAAGUAUCAACCUACAUGUACUCCCAAUAAGCGAAGACGCCAGAAGGAGAAUGAAGAACCACAACGUCAAGCGAAGAGAAUCAAACUUGGGAGUAGCUCAUGCAGACCAUCCGAACGUAUUCCAUCUUGUCUGUCGCGGAUGAUAAUCGGCCGAGUUCCCAUCGUGCGCCCCGAACCCGCGCACAAGUGGUGGGAGGACUACUUGAAGUCCACUGCGACCCCGUGCGCGAAGGAACCACGUCGACCGUCGCCCGCGCCGUCAUCCCCUCUUUCUGGUCGCCCUUCGUACCUACUGGGGCCCAACUCUCCGCCUACAAAUCCCGCUGCCUCAUGGGGGUUCAAGGAUUCCGGCCGAAAGUCGCUCAAGAGACCAGAGAGGAUCAGGGAGUAUAAUACUCUGUACAGGUCGGUCGUGAACCGCGAGUUCUAUCGUCGCAACCCAGGAGCCACCGAAAUAUAUCGCUUCGACGCCCGGAACUUCAUCCGAUCCGUCCGCAAGAAUACCUCCGGUGAAGCCGGGAUCGACCUACUUCCCGCCCAGGCAGGCACCCCAGCUCGUCGCACGAUCUCUCCGAUGCCGGCUCUGCAUCUCCGUCCUCCGCGCUACCUGUACCUCAACCACGUCGACUUUCUAUAUAUACGGGAGGCCAAGCGGAGCGCGGCCACCACCCGCGCGGUCGCUCUCGACGAUGCCGACAUCUCGAUGGAGCCUCAGGACGUCGGCGUGUUUGGUGAACUCCAGUCCGCGCGGGGGUCGGAGCGCACGGAAAGGGUCGUCUCGAGAACAUUCCAGGAGCUUGCGGAGGAGUACUGGCUCACGCACGCGAACAAAGCAUGGUCAGAGCUCGUGCGAAGAAAGAAGUGCGGCUUUGAGAUGCAGCCGCAGGCGCGCUCGUCAGACAUGGUUGUGACUAGGCAGGAGGAGCUGAAUUCAUGGCCGAAUCCGCAUAGGCUGGAAAGGUAUGGGAGUAGGAAGGCGUUGCGGAUCGCGAGUUGCUCGGGCGCGGGGGCGAGGAGGACUACAAUGUAA